AUGUGCAUCGGAUUUGCAGUUGAUUUAUCCGCUCACAUCGCCUACGCUUAUUCACAAGCAUACGGAACAGCUCACGAGCGCGCAGUUUAUGCAUUGGAAACUCUUGGAUGGCCUGUAUUUUUGGGUGCUUCGUCGACGAUCUUGGGAAUAAUGGUUCUCACGCUGGUGGACUCCUAUAUUGUGCUGAUCUUCUUCAAAACAGUUUUUCUGGUUAUUUCGUUUUCGAUGCUGCACGGCCUACUCUUCCUCCCAGUGCUACUCAUACUGAUUAUUCCAGAGACCAGAGUAAGUUUCAGAGCCCAGCCUGAGUUUAUUUUCUGA